AUGCUGGUCACGGGGCUUGUAGUUGUCGGCUUCUUCAGCCGGGGCUUCUAUGCCGUUACAGACUUCUAUGCCGUUACAGGCAUUUCCAUGGCUCCAAUUCAUUCUCUUGUUUACUGGUUCUCUGGCAGUCAGAGCGACCCUCAGAGCCAAGAUUUUCACGUCCGUCCCAACAGCCGACCACUCAUCUUCGACCCUCCGAGACAUGGCGGCGUCCUUGAGUCUCUUUCCUCUCAGUCGUACAUCUUACGCCAAGCCCAUGCGAGUACCCUAACACUUCCUGCCAAUCUCUCUGCCGACUUGGAUCGAAUCGCGGCCGAAAUACAUUUGAGUCAAAGCAGAUUUGCCAAGAUGAUGAAAGGAUACGAACAGUGCAACUUCAGAAACGAUGAUCUGCAUUUUAUGUACCAAGUCUUUGACCACAAUGAGACCUUGGCCGACUACGAGGACAAACGGGACACUGGCUCCGAGGUAACCUGGUCAUGGGUUAGCUGGAUCUCGUUCUCUAGCGCAAAGGCUAGCGCAAAGAGAUGGCACCCCAGGGAGAUUCUGGAAAUAGCCUCCAGCAUGACUGAAUCGAUACCUUCCCAGCAGCAGAAGCUCAAUGCGACCAUCAUCUGCCUCGGAUCAGCCUUGGAGGAUAUGGAAGACAUCAGCACUCUCUUGGGCGACCCAGUGCACGACCUCGAUGCCAUCAAGAACAUAGCUCCCAGGGGCAUUGCUUCGCGAGUCUCCGGAAUCCGGUCGAACCUCGUGAUGACCAUCAAGAUCAUUGCCGCGGCGCGCAACGGGCUCCAGGAAGAGUCCGGGAUGGUCAAAGAUAAGAUUCAAGAGCUGGACGGACACUUCACAUUGCUAAAGAACAAGAGUGCAAACCUGGAAAGAGUCAUGAAAGCUGGGGAAGUGGAUGAUAGCAGUCGGCGGGAGCUGAAGAAUGAGAUGGAGAGAAUGUGUCAGCAUGUUCUUGAGAGAAGAAAGAAGGACUAG